AAAUUUUAAUAUAUAUAAUUUUUGUAAUAUUUUUUUUAAGAAACCGAAUCCAGAAAGAUCUGAGAGCAUUUAACCUUUUUUCUAAAAUCAUUUUUCUUCAGUUCUUGUUCUUCUCCAAUCGAACACGGCAGCGAACAACAAACAAGCAUCGACUGCAAGCAAAUAAAUUUUAAUUGGCCGGCCUUGGUCUUGGCUCGGAACCUAACCCAAUUAUCGAUCAAUUGAGUUGGGAUGUCGACUGCAUCUACAUCGGCAAGCUCCGUGUCACUGCCAAGUAGCUCGAACCCCUCCGUUUCUGCACAAUUCACGUACUCGAAUGGUUCUUACUUUCCGGUGCCUUUUCAUCUUCAACAACCUUAUGUUGCCGCUCCUCCUCCGCCUCCGGUGAUGCAAGUGCACGUGCCGCCGGUGAAGGUUCCUUCUGUGUACCAGGCUCCGGCUCCCCUUCCAGGGGUGUACUCGCUCCCGCAGUAUCAGCAGGCACAACAGUUAUUUCAAAGAGAUGCACAAACUAUCACACCGGAAGCUCUUGAAAGUGUAAAGGCUGCUCUUGCAAGCAGUGAAAUUGAGCACAAAGCAGAAACAAAAAAGAAAGCAAUACCUCGUAAAGCUGCUGGGCAAAAUUGGGAGGACCCUACUCUCACAGAAUGGCCAGAAAAUGAUUAUCGUCUAUUUUGUGGUGAUCUUGGAAAUGAGGUGAAUGAUGAUGUUCUUUCUAAAGCAUUUUCACGAUUUCCUUCAUUCAACAUGGCUAGGGUUGUCAGAGAUAAGCGUACUGGCAAAACCAAGGGCUAUGGAUUUGUUAGUUUUGCCAACCCUUUAGAUCUUGCAGCAGCACUAAAAGAAAUGAAUGGUAAAUAUGUUGGAAAUCGUCCAAUCAAACUACGUAAGAGCAACUGGAGAGAGAGGACAGAUCAUGAAGCCUUGGAAAGACAAAAGAAUCACUCUCAAAGGAAACCAAAGCUUUCAAAGAAGAGUGUGUUGCACAAGUGACCACCAAAGCCUACUGAUGGUAACCAAGGUUGAGAAAAGAGUAGUGAAUCCUCUAAAGCUCAAGGAGAAUCAAGAACUCUAGUUAUUAUACUUUGGUAGACAUCUCAUGACAACUUGUAGACAUUUGUGUACUAGAUGGGUUAUAUUUUUGUGUCAAGGCUUCCGUAUUUAUAGAUUUUAAAUUUUUAAAUGAUAUCGUUGACUGAGAAAUUUCACUGUAUUUAUAGAUUUUUGAUUUUGAAGUGAUAUUGUUUGACUGAGAAAUUUCACUGUAUUUAUAGAUUUUUAGUAGGGGCACCAAGGUGAUGUAGAUUUUUGCAUCACCUUGUGCGUCUUACUCCAUGAUUCUGCCA